AGUCGGUCCGUUCACUCUGUUGCCUGGGGAGAAAGAAGUGGUAAGUAGAGCCAACUAAGAACAAGGAGUGCUGUGCGUUUUAUUUUGUUUUCUUCUUUUUCUUUUUUCCCCAAAAUUUUAAACUUAAUUAGCUGAUAUAUCAACAGCUCUGCUUUCACAGCUCAAGAAAAGGCAGCAGAGGGCUAAUGUAGGGAGCAGGAGGGGCGUGUGAAAUGUCACCCGGUUGGUAGCAUUUUCAGCUUGUGUGCUUCGUUGCAUUUAUAUUUUAAGGAAGUGAUAACAAACUGUGCUUCUAAAACCAAACUCUGCCGCUUUUUGUUUGCAAGUCACUGGUUGUUGUUUUAAUGAAAUCUCGUAGGAAAAGACCCCGUGUAUUUGCAGCUGUCACGAGCAAAACAAAGAAAAACACAAAUAAUAACUGCCUAUGACAUGAGAUGUUAUUGUUUUCACUACUAUUUGGAUUGGAAAGCGGUGAGAUUUUAAGUCGCGGUGGUACUGGAUACUGGAAAAUGCCCGGGAUAUGAUUAAUGAAACAUUGGAAUGAAAUACUGUCGGUCCAUGUGCCGGCGCAGAUAGCCGCAGUCUGUGCAGCACUACGGCAGGGCCAGGCUCUUCUCCACGGAAACAUUUUCCUAUGCUAAUUCAGUUUGAUACACUGGGGUAGAAGGAAUACAUUAGUCUAAUGCAGUUAGCUCAACUAAUGUGACAGUAGACAGAAAUCAGCUGGUUUCUCAGUAACUUUUAUUAGCAGCUCUUCCAUUAGAUCAUCACAGAUCAUGGCUCCUUGGCCUGAGGUAGACAAGCCUGAAACCAAUAACUAUAUUGGUGAUUCCUCCAAACAAAACCAGAACAUGGCUGGAAAAGAAGGAGAAAAUCACAAAGGCAACGUGGCUUCACUUGGAAACAAAGUGGAAAUUCAACCUGCAUUUUCCACAAUAGCGUUGAUAGAUGAGACAAGGCAAGAAGAGGACCCAUGGGCUCUGCCAGAACUGCAGGACACUGGAGUCAAGUGGUCAGAACUGGAUAGAAAAGGAAAAAUCAUUCGUGUACUCUAUGGGAUUGGAAAGUUCAUUAUGUUGCUUGGAUUACUCUACUUGUUCGUGUGUUCUCUGGAUGUACUGAGCUCUGCUUUUCAACUAGUAGGAGGUAAAGCAGCAGGGGACAUUUUUAAAGAUGAUUCAGUGCUCUCUAAUCCUGUUGCGGGGCUGGUGAUAGGAGUUCUGGUGACUGUGAUGGUCCAGAGCUCCAGCACUUCUUCAUCCAUCAUCGUCAGCAUGGUGUCCUCUACACUGCUGACUGUACAAUCAGCUAUUCCUAUCAUUAUGGGGGCAAACAUUGGCACCUCAGUUACAAACACAAUUGUGGCGCUCAUGCAAGCCGGGGACAGGAAUGAAUUUAGAAGGGCCUUUGCUGGGGCAACAAUCCAUGAUUUCUUUAACUGGCUUGCUGUGUUUGCAUUGUUGCCCAUUGAAGUCAUUUCUGGCUAUCUUUACCAUCUCACCAAUGUUAUAGUUGAGUCUUUUCAUCUUGAAAGUGGUGAAGAUGCCCCUGAGCUACUAAAAGUCAUCACAGACCCUUUUACAAAGCUCAUCAUCGAGCUUGAUAAAUCUGUAAUAAAUGCAAUCGCUACUAAUGACGAAUCAGCAAAAAACAAAAGCCUGGUAAAGGUUUGGUGCAUAACUGAAACCAAUGUGACACUGCAGAAUGUCACAAUUCCACCUUCAGAGAACUGCACGUCUUCUGAACUUUGCUGGUCAGAAGGAAAUGUGACGUGGACCAUGAAAAACAUAUCUGAAACAGAAUAUAUCACUAAAUGCCGGCAUCUCUUUGCAGAAACAGACCUGCCUGAUCUUGCCAUCGGUCUCAUACUUCUGGCUUUGUCCCUGCUUGUUCUUUGCUCCUGUUUGGUGAUGAUCGUUAAGCUGUUAAACUCUGUGCUUAAAGGACAAGUAGCAAGUGUUAUCAAGAAGACAAUCAACACUGAUUUCCCAUUUCCUUUUACUUGGCUGGCUGGAUACCUGGCUAUGCUUGCAGGGGCUGGCAUGACUUUCGUUGUUCAAAGUAGUUCUGUCUUCACGUCUGCUAUUACACCUCUUGUUGGCAUUGGUGUUAUAAGCAUUGAGCGUUCUUAUCCCCUCACCCUAGGAGCUAACAUUGGCACAACCACAACAGCUAUACUUGCAGCUUUAGCAAGCCCAGGGAGUACAUUAAAAUAUUCAUUACAGAUUGCCUUGUGCCACUUUUUCUUCAAUGUCUCUGGGAUUAUCCUGUUUUACCCGCUGCCUUUUACCCGGCUGCCAAUCCGCAUGAGCAAGAGCUUGGGAAACAUAACAGCCAAGUACAGAUGGUUUGCUAUAUUUUAUCUUCUCAUCUGCUUCUUUCUUUUGCCUUUGUUUGUAUUUGGUCUGUCACUGGCGGGCUGGCCAGUUCUUUUGGGUGUUUGCCUUCCCCUGCUGGCUCUGUUUAUUGCGGUGAUUGUAAUUAAUAUUAUGCAGACGAGGCGGCCACAUUCACUGCCUGAGAAGCUUCAAAACUGGGACUUCCUACCCAUCUGGAUGCACUCCCUAGAGCCCUGGGACAAUAUGAUUAUGUCUUCACUCGCCUUUUGUGGGAAGCAUUGCUGCGGAUUCUGCAAGUGCUGCAAAGUCAAUGCAGAACAGGAGGGUGCCAAAGAUAAUCAGCUAAAAACUAUGGAGGUUUAUGAAAACACCAUUGCAAUGGCUGAUGAAGAAAGAGGUGUAAGAAGGGCUCCAGCUGCAGCUUGUGUUGAGAAAACAGGCACAAACAACACAGCCUUAUAGUAGCGGAUCAACCCAUAAGCAGAGGUAAAGCAUAGGACAGUCAGGCUCUUGAAAACUACCUUGAACAAUGCACUGAGAACAGAGUGAAUAUUUUGUUAGGUUCCUGCAGCCAGUGAUAUAUCACUCAUCAAGGAAUGGAGUCAAACAAGCUUGACAGAGUCCCUAGAAAAUCUACGACCAGUUGAAAAGCUAAAGACAGAUUUGCUUACAGAGCAUCUACUGUGUGGUACAUUCAUCCAAUGCUAUCAGUAGCAACCAAAGAAAUCUUGAUGUAGUCCUAUGAAGAGAGGGAUGAAAGGAGCAUGAUUAAUUAAAAACCAGUCAACCCAACAAUGCACUUGUAGAACAGCCUUUCUGGCCUAUUGGCUUAUUCAGUAGAAGUUACUUUACGAUACCCUAAAGGUUCUGUAAAUGAAAAAAGAAAAAAAAGUAAAAAAGAAAGCCAACCAACCAAAAAUAAUCCAAACGUUUUCAUUGGCCUAUGUUCAGUGGUCAAAAUAGAAAGCAAUAUUCCAAGUAUGGACAAAAUCUCUUGUCUGUGUGGAGGAAAAUGAAAUGCUGGGACGUACCUCAGGAGCUCUGGGAGUCCUAGUCUGGCAUAAGGGUAUGCAUAAGCCCAUUUAGAGCCCUCUCGUCUCCUUUAACACCAGGGACAGGAGCUGCUGUCUUUUGUUUUUUCAAGCUAAAAGCCAAAAAUUAAUUGCUGAUCACUUUGCCUGCUGAAGGUUAAACACUGGGUUUAGAGACACUGGGUGGCUGUGAAAGAGCUUUGUGGACUCAGGGUGUGGUUGCAUAGUCCUCCCCCGUCCUGUCCACUGAGUAAUCCCAUAAGCACUUGUCCUGGCACAAUUAGAGGAAAGGUGCAGGAGGGAGGACAAGUGACUGGCGUAGGUGUGUAGAGAGCUGCCCAACUCCAGGCUGACACCAUGAGGUCUGUCUGCAAUCGGGACUGAGCCACAAAAUGGCAUUUAAAUAUAGCACAUAUAUAUAUAGUGAAGACUGGCUUUAGAGCUACAAGAGAACCUGGAGAACAGACUGUGGUUAGUGUGGGACAUGCAGCAGCACUGACAGGUGAGAAAUGAUUGUUCACUCUGCACUGUCACUGUGUGCUCUGAACCACCCUCCUUGGAAAUAAUGUGAAUUUUACUGGCAAUUGUAUGUAGCAAUCCAAAUUCCAAAUAAAAUCCUUUAGUAGUAGUAGUGUAGUCAAUAGCACAUGUAGUCAAUCCAGAGAUAGUAUAGCACUUGGUGUGAAGCUGCUUGUGCUCAGGUCUUACAUUACUGAUGAUUUAGUAAAUGCUUACGAGACAGCACUGAAUCGUGGACUGACAAAAGGUAUCAUUUCAAUGUCAGAAAAAGAGCAUUUCAAAGACACGUUGAGUACUUCUGCUGGCCUUUAAUAACUUAGAUAUGAGUGAGCAUGGUAUAGAACCUGGGGUCCAACCACUAAUGGAGAAAAGAUCAUGUGGUGGAAUGUAGGCCAAUCAGUAUCACAUAAAGCCAGUUUGCAUGGCUCAGUUGUAGAUUAAAUUUGCAAUGGGAAUACUGAGAGGACCCUUAGUUUAGCAUAGCCACUCAGUGCUGCUAUAACGCAUUUACUUCUGAAUAGUUGGUAGUUUUCUGCAGAACUAGGAUCAGUAGGCUGCAUUCAAAUAGCAAACUAAGCUGCCUAAAACAUGUUUGCAAAUUGAAUUCAUACUGAGAUUCCAACUGUUUCUACAGUAAUGAGCCAGUGACAAAAUGCUUAGCAUCAGAGUGAAUUUUCAAAAGCAUUUAAUUUUGGUAUAGUUCUGCUCCUUGUGGGUUUAGUAACAGAGAAUGGAGUUCUACCAAACUAUUCUGUUUCAAAUGUACUUUUUCUCCAUAUAGUUCAAACAGAAUUUUGCCAGCAUUUCAUUUUCGAAGUGGAAUUGUCUUCAAUAAUUCUUCUUCAUUUUAUUUUCACAGUUUUGAAUUCUUUGACAGUCUGCGUUUCUUUAAGUUCCAUUUCCCAUGCUCUGUUUUGACAGGAAAAAAAAAAAAAGAAAAAACAUAUGAAAAAUGCAGAAUUCUUUCAAAGGUGUCUUGAAUUUCUAUUGACUGUUCAUUGAAACAGGAAACAUUUCCAUCUACUCUUCCUCAUUUCUUAGCAUGCACCUUAUUUUUGCAUCUUGAAGUAAAGCUGUCAAGCACAGUGAUAAUAACUCUCAGCGAAACAUCAGAGGAUAAGCAGUUCUUACAUAAGAAUCAGGGUGAAAAUUAUAGUCAGACAUAUCAGUACUUCAUGUUCCUCAUUGUAACUUUUCCCCUAUGAUGUAUUGAGUUUGUACCCUCCUCUCUCCUUGCUGGUGAACUUCAGGCCAUAUUGUGCUGUUGUUUUAGGCAGAUUCCAAAACAGACUUCUGUUUAACACUUGACAGCACAAUAUGUCCUGGAAAACGUCCCUCCUGUUCUUAACAAAAACUAUUUUCACUUUAUUUAUAAUUAUUUGAGUGUACAGAACUUUUCAUAAGUUAUACAGAAAAAGGCUCGUGAUUGUGUUAUAUGUACGUAUUUGAAAACCACACGAUGGUUAUCUAUAAAAAUGUAAAAAGGAACUACUGUAUAUUUUGUAAUAUAACUUUUAAAAUUGUUUGUAACUGUGCAUACUGUGUAUUACGGAGGCUGUUGGCUCCACCAAUAGGUUACAUAAAGAUCGUUAGUAAUGCAGAGACAGAUUUCUUAGCAUACAGAUGAAAAACACCUGUGUAUUUCUAUGUAUUUUCAUAAUAUGGCUUCAUGAGCAAGGAAGCAGAACUCCACUUUUCUAAAAGAUUUGAAUUUUCUGCAAUGAGGAAUUUUGGAAACACAAGAUUUCUAAAAUGCUUUUUUAAACUCUUACACGUUUUGUCUUUUACUGUUUUGGGGACAGCAUACGGCUUUAUACUUUGUCAUGACCACUCAUCUUGUCUGUCCUCAUGCAUUGAAUGUAAAAAUAAAGAGAAAUUUAAAAAAAAA